AGACAACACAGCUCUACACUGUGAUUUCCCUCAAGCAUUUUCCCAGGAGGAGGAGAAAAUAAAAAGAGUCUCCUGACUCCAACUAUGACAUAUUUAACCUCAGUUGCGUGCUUGUGAACAAAUCCUACAUGGAAUUGUAAGAUGGAGGAUGGAGCACUCAUUUUUGGGAGGGGUCAGGAGGUUAUUGAUACGGUUAGACUGAGGGGACUGUGGAAAGACAUAAAUAGCUGCAAGGAGUGAUCAAGUCUCGCAGUCUCUCUCAGACAGCCCAGGCAUAGGUGACCUCCACUUCUUCUGCAGAAAGCUCAUCUGUCUCUGCAAAGCCAGAGCUAACAACAUGCCUAUGUUUAAUCUCAAUAUUCUGUCAGAGAACCAGCAAAGGAAAAGAUGAAAACCAUCUGUAUGAGAUGCUUGCUGUGGUGCUUCACCUUAAUGGUAACCCUACUUAGUGGAAUUGCCACCAUGCCUGUGAGUGUAGUGGACUCGCUUUGCACUGCACCUUCAACAGCCAAGUACAGACUCACAUUUACAGGCAAGUGGAGCCAGACUGCCUUCCCCAAGCAGUACCCCGUUUACAGGCCUCCUGCUCAGUGGUCUCCACUGAUUGGGGUAACUCACAGCUCAGACUAUCACAUCUGGCAAAAAAACGAAUAUGCAAGUAAUGGGGUGAGAGAGUUCUCUGAAAAAGGAGAAGCUUGGACUCUGAUUAAGGAGGUGGAGGCAGCUGGGGAGCGCAUCCAGAGUGUAUACGGCCUCUUUUCCACGUCAGCUGUGCUCGGAGGGACAGGCCAGACAAGCACGGAGUUCGAGGUGUAUGCCAGGCACAACUUUUUGUCUUUUAUUAUGCGGAUUGUCCCGAGCCCAGACUGGUUUAUUGGGAUAGACAGUCUAAAUCUGUGUGAUGGAGACCACUGGAAAGAAAACAUUAGCCUUGAUCUGUUUCCUUAUGAUGCUGGCACAGACAGUGGCUUCACUUUUUCUUCACCCAAAUUUGAGACCAUUCCCCAGGACAAAGUCACACAGAUAACGUCAUCAUUUCCAAAUCACCCUGCUAACUCGUUCUUCUAUCCACGAUUGAAAAAUCUUCCCCCGAUAGCCAAGGUCACACUCAGCAAGAUCAAGAGCAAACAGAUCUUUAGUUUGCCGAUCGAGCCCACACAAUCCAACCAAAUUCCCACUGGCAAUGAAAUAGAUGAGUCUCUCAUAAAUACCCCUCUUGACUGUGAGGUGUCUGCCUGGUCACCUUGGGGUUUAUGCAAAGGUCAGUGUGGCGAGGAGAAAAAGAAAGGCAUGAGAUAUCGCACCCGCUACAUUCACAUAAAGCCUGCUAACAACGGCUCUGUCUGCCCACCUCUCGAGGAGGAGAAAACCUGUGUACCUGACAACUGUGAGUGAGCGUCUGUCACAUAACGCCCAUCAAUUCAUAUCCUCAUUUUCUUCAUUCAAAGCACAAUCCAGUUUGGACUACAGAUUCACAAAAUAAUGUUUUUAAAACAAUGUAAUUAUAUAUGUUUUUUCAGGGUUUUUUAAGCAACACUACUGCUUUGCUGGCAUUUUUUUAGGAAACAUGUAUUGUCAUACAUGUUAUGUAUCAUAGAAAUGUUGUUGAGUAUUGUGAUAUGAUAUGUUUUGUCAAAUUGCUGACCUCUACAUCAGCUCAAUAAAGCCAAAGUGAAUGUUUCAUGAUUAUAAAGUGUGAUUUCACUGGAAAGCAAAAAUGUAUCAUAUGAAAACACAAGAACAGCAGUUUAUUAACUAUUUACUAUAAUGUUUACUAUAUUACAAUAUUAGGUGCUAUAAAAAAAACAACUUUAUUAUUGAAUUUAUGGAAAGUAUCAAACUCAUAUGAAUUGGUGUCCCCUGGUGGAAUGACUGAGCGACUACACUUCAGUAUCAAGUCAAGUACUUUACUCAGAAAGGUGUUCAGUUAUAUAAUGUCUUUUGUGUGGUGAAUGUCUGUACAUUCAAUGCAAUAAAUUGUACAUAUCAACUGUAAAUUUGAACAAAUAAACUGUUUCUUGUCAACAUGCGUGUCACUGCUUCAGCUACA